GUUUCAAAGAUGGCGGACUUCCUGCCGUCCAGCUCCGUCUUAUCUGUAUGUUUCCCUAACUGUCUCCUCACAAGCGGUGAGGUAGAACAGUUGCGGAAAUCUAAAGAGAUAGAUAAGUGUAUUAAUCGAGAUAAAACUUAUGUAAAAAGGUUAGUAAAGAUCUUAUUACUUGGAGCAGGCGAGAGCGGCAAGUCCACUUUCCUCAAGCAGAUGCGCAUUAUCCAUGGGCAGGACUUCGAUCAGAAGGCCAAAGAAGAAUUCAGAGCCACGAUUUUUAGUAAUGUUAUAAAAGGUAUUCGAGUGUUGGUGGAUGCUCGAGAGAAGCUACAAAUCCCAUGGGGCAAGCCAUCCAACCAGCGGCACGGAGACACCAUGAUGGCGUUUGACACCCGAUCGGCAAUGGCCCACGGUCACGGCAUGGUGGAACAUAAAGUUUUCCAGCAUUACCUGCCAUCCAUCCGGGCCCUGUGGGCUGACGAGGGCAUCCAGAACGCCUAUGACCGCCGGAGGGAGUUCCAGCUGGGGGAGUCAGUCAAGUAUUUCCUGGACAAUUUGGAAAAGCUCGGACAGUCGGAUUACCUCCCCAGCCAACAGGACAUCCUCCUGGCCAGAAAGCCCACUAAGGGCAUCCACGAGUACGACUUUGAGAUCAAGAACGUGCCGUUCAAGAUGGUGGACGUGGGUGGCCAGCGCUCCGAGAGGCGGCGCUGGUUUGAAUGCUUUGACUCAGUCACUUCCAUCCUCUUCCUCGUCUCUUCCUCUGAAUACGACCAGGUGCUGAUGGAGGACCGGCAGACCAACCGGCUGAGCGAGUCCCUCAACAUCUUUGAGACCAUUGUCAACAACCGGGUAUUCAGUAACGUCUCCAUCAUCCUGUUCCUGAACAAGACGGACCUGCUGGAGGAGAAGGUGAAGCUGGUGUCCAUCAAAGACUACUUCCCCGAGUUCUCGGGCGACCCCACGAGCCUGGCGGACGUCCAGCGCUUCCUGGUGGAAUGCUUUCGCAAAAAGCGCCGCGAGCAGCAGCAGAAGCCGCUGUACCACCACUUCACCACGGCCAUCAACACUGAAAACAUCCGGCUGGUGUUCCGUGACGUCAAGGACACCAUCCUGCACGACAACCUCAAGCAGCUGAUGCUGCAGUGAGGGGACUGACCAGGAGGAGGAGGAGGAGGGAUGGGUGGAGGAAAACAGAAAGUGGGUGUCAAGGUGCCUUUUUCCUUAACCCCCCCACCGCCAAUACCACCACCACCACCUGCCUGUAAGGGGAUUGGGUAGUGUCCCUCCACCCAUGCAUCCUCUGUCCUUGACAUUGACGCGCUCCUCACUUUUGAACGUUGACUGUGUAUUAAAGCCACCACUACUACCGCCAUUCCCCCACGCUUGCUCUCGGCCUUAAUGAGCUCGUUCACUGUGACUUGUAACAGCCGCCUUUGGCUCAGAGCCCCAGCCACCCUGUGACCUUGAAACCACUGUAAAUGACCUCUCACCCCCACUCUCUGCCCCCGUCCACACUGUGCAGUGGACCUACCUGACAUCUUUCCUGGUAUUUCCUCUCUGCGUCGCUCUAAUUCACACCCACACACUGUCUGUUCUUUCUACGCUGCUCUGACCACUGUUGCCAGGGAGGGAGAGGGGGAGGGGCUUGUUUUAAAUUGUUACCGAGUAGCCGUCAGUCGCCUGCAGGCGCCAGCGACUGUUGCCAGGUGUUGCCUUCCUUUUCAGAAGCGCUUUUGUUCUGUCUCUGGUUUUACAUCUGCUCUCCACUCGCGCUUGGUGAUGACAUCACUGGGCCGUGGUGGGGAUUUCCUCUUCGGGAAGUGGAACAGGAAUGAACAGGGCUAACACACACACACACACACACACACACACACAGAUAGGAAUUACUGUUCUGAAGUCCACUUAAUUCUAGUUUUCUAAUCAUUUUGAUUCGUUUGCUAAUAUAUGAAUAUACUGUAUGUACCUAUGCAUUUUUCUUUAACUUAUAUUUUAUGGGGGUUUAUACUUUGUGGAUUUGUGACUGCUGAUGGACUCUGUUACAGUUAAAGGGGAGGGGGGUGGGUAAGAGAGCACAGACACAAACACAUGAACCACUUGUAGAAAUGCUACACCAUGCUAUAAAGCUAGCUCGUGCAGGGUGAGAGUGACACGUUGUAUUUUGCUGUUUCUCAGGGCACAUUGUGAACCACUUCUUUGCGAUUUGAAGAGAACCAGAACUCUAAGGCCUCUGCCCUUCCACAUGAGUCACAUGACAGAUUUCAUGGUGUCUUUUGUCUGUAAAUGUUAGCAGAGAAGACUUGUGCUUUGAAAGCAAAAAAAAAAACUCUGGCCAUCUUCAACCAGGACUGUAUUUUACUAUCUGGACAAACAGACCCACUGACCCCAUUUGCACCUGUGGCCUGUAUCUUCAUGCACUCUCUGGAUGAUGAACUCUGCAUUUGCACCUGGUGUUAACAAACCUUAUUGUUCUCAAUUCUGCCCACGUCAUGAUUGGAUCUCAUUAUGCAUACAGUGGUCAACGCACCAAACAUGCAUUAGAAUCAAGAGCACAGUGAGUCAGAACAACCCUCGGGGCCAGCACAGUUAGUGCUCGGACCCUCAAAGGAGUCCGGCUUCCACAGACCAUGAUAACGUUUUUGUGUGCAAUGAAUGUGGUUUUCCCUAUCCAGAUAGCAUAAUAUAGAUACAGAUUACAUGUUAAUAACGAGAGACAUCAGGGCCAUAAUGUGCUUCUGGGUGAACAUUUUUUUUAUCUUGCUUGUUUUGUUGGGUUUUUAUCUUGUGGGAUGAAAAGUCUGCUCCAAAUCCCCACAAAGAGACAGAAAGACGGCCAUGAGAAGUACUCAUUAUGUAUGUAUGUGUAAAGCAGCUGACUGCAGCUGCUUGUCUGCACACCCCCCGCGUCAGGAGUGCAACCGAACACAGGAAACUCAAAGCAUUGACAUGUCAGGUGUCUGUAUUGGACUCUUCAAUCCUGCUGAGACCAUCAUUCCAAACAAUGUUAAGAUUAACAGAGAUGCAGCAGUCUCUAAAUAUGCCAGGCUAAAUUUUAGGUCAUGUCUAUAAACGCUGCACAAAGGUGGAGCCUGCAAACAUUGUGCCUUUGGUUUGAAAAUGCGCUGCAGUGUCCAGUGAUGUAGCUUGUAUGUUGGAACAGUGAAUGACAAACAGCCAAGUAGCUAAACAGUGAUGGAUGAUGUAGUCCAGGUUGAAAAUGGCCAAAUUCACACUGAAGCCCUGUGGAGUCUCCCAUCCAAGCCUGUAGGUUUCAUCUGUCCUGCAGGGAUGAGGAAGCUCCUUCCUCUCUGUAGGACUACCACCUGAAGUGUUCCCUAUUAUACCACAGGUGAUGAGGUGGCUCAGUCUUUGUUUUGUCGUCUCAGAUCAUUUUCUGAAAGGUACCGGUUAAUGCUGUCCGUCUCCCCUCUCUUCCACACAUCAAAAGGGAUAAAGCCAGCCCGUGUGUCACUAAUGAGCCUGCCCUCGUCCUCGAUACAGAUUAUGUACAGUUCACAUUGUCCUUUAAACUCUUCUUCUAAUGUAUCAGGAUGGAUUUCUCACACCAACCUCAUUCUGGUUUGGAACAGCUGUAACCUCCCACACACACAUCCGUGUGUCUGACCACGACUGUUACUUUUACUUUCUUUUCAGUUUUCGGAUGGUGUUUAUUUAAAACCGGCGGCCUGUCGUAAGGUGUUUUUUUUUUUUGGAGAUGGCUGCAUCACUCAGCCUCUUCCAUGUGUGUUGGGGCUCCACUGCUCCGUGCUAACACUGCAGCACAGGUAGAGGGAAAGUCAUUUUACUUAACUUUACACCAGACUCACACAACAGUUGUGUUGUCUUCAGUUGAAAAAAGGGCACAGUGUUGUGGGAGCAGACAUUCUACACAGAUCAGCGUCGCUGUGUGAGGUCAUUGUUCACUCUUUAUGGUUAGAGUUGUGAUUUCUGAUAGCAGUUGUCUGUCUCAGCCGUCUACACAACGUUUCAUUGAUGCAUGAAGCCUCUAAGACGAUCAGCGACAACUAGAAACUAUCUGGUGAACAGCAGACGCUUGAAAAAAGACUUUGCUCGUGUUCCUUUAGGGGCUCAGCAAAGACCCAAUUACUGCUGGUCUCAUGCUCUUGAUCAGUCUGAUACCUGAUGUAAUUGCUGGAUCUACAAUUCAGUGACUGUACAAAUGAUCUGAAAGAGGAUUUAAUGUUAGUUACUGUUAAAGUGUUUUGUUUUUUAAAGUCUUACCAGCAUAUUUGCAAUUUUUAGCUCCUUAACCACAAAUCAUUUGUACUUUAUGUGUUAUGUUUCUUUAAUAGUUGAUACAAAUUGAUGAUCUAUCAGUGUAGCACUUCCUGUCCCUCCCUCCUGUCCCUCAGCAUGUGUGUGUUAGCAUGGAGCAGUGAAGUCAUGUGGCUGACUUUGGUGUGUGUGUUCCCGAUUCCAAAAGAGGAAGCUGACCAACCAAAAGCUCCCUGAACUCAUCAAACUGCAGCCGGUCUGGCUCGACACUCCGUCAGCCUGUCUGAGUGUGGGUGAGACACAAGCCCAGUGUCCCGCUCAGACGACCUCCAGCCCAGCAGAGGCCUCUUUGUUUGGAUGCAGACUGUUAUGUCAUGUAAUCAGCAGCAAGCCUGUUGUUGCACACAUGCACCAUGAAGUCACAGCAGAGCGGGUCUGAACCCUGAGCCGGCCUUUGUCCACGCUGAACACACUCGGUCGUGGUUGUUAGAGCACAGACAGCGUGGUGUCACACAGGGCAGAGCAGACGGCUGAGGGACGAUGCCCCACAUGCUGGUAGACUGCACACUCUUGAACGAAGCCCCCGUGAGGUCACGGUCCACCAUCUUCCUCCGAGUUAACUUGGAGCCUGCAGCGAAAAGGAGCCGCGUCCUUCCAAAGCACUUCUUCAACUGUCAUUCAGAGGACGACGGGGCUGUGUGGGACAGAUUUAUUCCAAUUAUGAAGAAAACGUUUGGAUCAGUAGUAUAAAAAGAAUAUCCAGAGAUUAAUUUCAAACUCUGAACAGGUUGCGGAAUAAAAUCUAAGAUCAAAGUUAAGCAUUCUGAGCUUUCAUCCACAUCUCACAGCCUUCUUCAGUGAAUGGAGCGAGCUCAGGUUGUCAUUCAGGUCUAACACCAAAGACCAUCCUCUGACAGAGACCACCUGCUGCCAUGGACCCAGAGUGACACCUGAACAGGCUCCAAUCACUGAUGAAGACCUGGAAAUGUAUUUGAAAGCUACAAAAAGCUAGUAAGCGUUGAUUUGAGUGUCAUCCUGAGAUUCUGCUCUUGAUUUGUACGUCAACCUCAGACCUCACUAGUGUUCACAGGUCUGAUGCUCCUGCAGCUACAGACCAGUGGUGCUCUGCUGUUCGCUUCUCUCUAAACACACAAGCUUGUGCUCUCAGCCACGUCUUAAAAAGUGUCGUGAGAGCCCACACUGGAACACAUCCUUCUCCAUCUCUGUGUCGACACCAUCAGUCACACCAACAGCACACAGUAGUCGUGUGAAGGUUGAAGAAAGAGAGCCGAGGCAGGAGUUCAGACUCCUCCACACACCUGACCAAUCACUGCGUGAAUGGACUCUAUUGUCUGAUUGUCUUUUUUUUUGGAAAGCCACGAAGGACGCAGGAAGCAGCUGCUCUAAGCAGUCUGUCUGAAAGGCUGGGACGAGUCUCUGGAGUUGUCUGUGGUCCUCGCUCUGUGAUGGGUCACAUGUUCACCAGCUGCCUUCCAGCUCCCGCACGGAUCUGUCACCAGAUCCCAGGGCGGCCUGCGGAGAGGAGCGCUCGUGUUAGUGCCAUCACGCCCAGCUGAUGGUGAUCAGUUUUUCUGAUCUGGGAACAGAGAAAAACUGGUUUUAGCCAAGAGGCCUUGUUUGCCCCCCCCCCCCCCCCCCGAGCAGUGUCUUACUCCUCCUUUUCUAAGACUCUGCCUUUGACUCUGCCUUCUAACAUGUCUCAUACCGUUUUUGCACACUGCAUCUUGUGUAUGUUCUGUGAAUCUGACAUUACUGCCGUGACUGUAACAGUAUGAACCAUUAGCCGGUGUUUUCUGGUGUGUUUGGUCGUAUGUACCAGUGAGAGGAAACCAGUGUCACCGCACAUAGUCCGAACUAUGCGACAGCACUGCUCCACAGCCAUUUGAUUUGCUGUUAUGUUGUUAAAAAUAACCCUGAUCGGACUGACUGAUGAUUCUCUUAACGCCAGUGUCUUCUAGAAGUUUGUCUUUAAUCACAUCAGGAAAAACUUUUGCAAAUGAUCUGCCAAAUAUACUGAUGUUUAGUGCCUCCUUUUCCAAGAUCUGCCUCUACUGUCCAGUCAUGAUACAGGUUUUAUACUGUGUUUUAGGUUUUUUGAUGCCACAAGCAGCUUGAUGUCCUAUAAAAUAAGACAUUUCUCUAUCCAGUUUUUUUUUUAAUUUUCAGAUAGACAAGCUUUCAAUGUACAGUCUAACUUAUGCUGUCUUACCUUCUACUCUCCUAAAUAAAUCCAACAGUUUU